AAUGUCGUAAAAGAAGGCUUAAAUUUAAGUGGAGUAUGCAAUUCUAAUAAUUUGUAGAUAAAAAGUACCAGAGAGUGUCGUGAAGAAAACAUAAAGAGAUUCAAAAUUAAGAGACCUUGUUGUUAAAAGAAGAGCAGAAAGAUUAGGGUAAAACAAAGCUAGAAGAGCAUAAUUGGAAAAGAAUGCUUAAGCUUAUGAAGCAGAAUACAAGACAAGUGAAAAGAGUUUAAUUGAUAACAUUCGUAAGGCAAAAAGUGAAGGUGGAUUCUAUGUUCCAGCUGAAGCUAAGUUAAUGCUUAUUAUUAGAAUCAGAGGGUAUAUAUUUUAGAAUUAAGUUAGUAUCAACACGUUGAAUCCAUAGGUGAGACAAACUCUUAGACUUUUGAAAUUGAGACAAUUACAUAAUGCAGCAUUUGUUAGAAUCAACAAAGCAACAAUUGAAAUGAUCAGAAAAGUAGAACCUUAUAUCACAUACGGAUAUCCAUCAAGAACAGUGAUUAAGAACUUGAUUUACAAGAGAGGAUAUGCUAAGGUCAAUGGUCAAAGAAUUCCAUUGACAUCAAAUACUAUUAUUGAUUAAUAACUCGGAAAAUUUGGUAUUCAUGGAAUCGAAGAUCUUAUCCAUGAAAUUACUACAGUGGGACCACAUUUCAAGGAAGCAAACAGAUUUUUGUGGUAAGAUAAUGUAAUUAAAAUAAAAUAGGGCAUUCAAAUUAAGAGGACCAAGAGGAGGAUUCAUUGCUAAAAGAAAAUCAUUUAUUAAUCAAGGAGAUUGGGGAAAUAGAGAAGAUCUUAUCAAUGAUCUAGCAAAAAGAAUGAUCUGAU